CCCGGCCAGACCGUCCGGUUGUCAUGCGACCCGGACUGGCGAAUUCUGCAUCUGCACCGGUUGGAGGCGGUGGAGGAGGGUGAAGAGGCGACGGCCCAGUUGCUGGCGGCGUGUAACGGUGUCGAGCGUCUUGUGCUGGGCCGGAAGAUCGGCCUGACGCAUCUGCCCGUGUCGUUGCUACGGCCGCUCGUCCGGUUGACGCGCAUCUCCGUGGAGCUGGCCGGCCUGACUCGACUUGUCACGGGCCAGUGGGCUCCGCUCGUCCGUCUCCGGCUGCUUCGCGUCACCGACAGCCGCCGCUUGACGCGACUCGAGCCGGCCACCUUCCGCGACUGUCCCCAGGGUCUGGCCGACGUGUGGUUGAGUCGGACACGCAUCGCUGGCCACCUGCCCGACGACGCGUUCGUCAACUGUACCAACUUGCACCGGCUGCAUCUGCCUCAUAACCGACUCACCGGCCUCGGCUGUGCCAGCCUGCGUGGCCUCGGCCGACUCCGACAGCUCGAUCUCUCCGGCAACCGACUCAACGGCGACUUGGCCGACUGUCUCUGUGGCGCCUCGUCGCCAGCAACCGAUUCAGCCGAUUCAGCUCUUUGGCACACGCCGCUGCUGGAACGGCUCGACGUGUCGAACAACCAACUGACUCGCAUCGGCCGUUCCGCAUGGCUUGGCCGCGCCGGUCGACUGGCCAGCCUCGACCUCAGUCGCAACCGUCUCGUCUGGCUGGCGCGGUCCGCGUUCGCGGGGCUCGUCUCGCUUCGCCGCCUCCGGUUGGAGGACAACCAGCGCCUCUUCAGUCUGGACACGCUUGACCAAUUGUCAUUGGCACUGUACACCCUGACGACCGGCGAGACGAACGCGCCGGCACAGUUGGUCAGUCUCAGUUUGCCGGAUCCCGCACGUACCGGCCACGUGCUCGACGUCUGUCGGGACGCCCAAAUCAGCCAGCACCAGUUGCCAAUGACGCUGACGACUGUCCUGCAACAGGUCCGUUGCACGGCCUGCAAGACGAGCCGGUACAGACUGACUGAAAAGUGUACCAACAAAAGCACACCACCCGUACUACUGACUAAGGAAAUGAGUAGAAAUGCCCCGUUGGUCCACGAGCCUGACAAACUGCCGCCUCAGCGCCAAACGAAAGAGCACCCAAAAACGCCAAGGGAAAACAGUAACUCGUUGAUCUACCAACUCGGUCGCAGACUAAUCCUUGUUUUCAGUCUGUUGGUCAUCUUUCUACUCGUCCUUGGAGUAUGCUUCAUCUUUUUCAUUCUGGCCCACUUUCAACGCAGUCCUCGAGGAAAAAAGCCGCCCUCUGCACAAACACCCCGCCCUGGGCUCACCCUAAAAAUGUAUCCCGACGCGAGCAAGAUCAUCGCUACCGCUGGCUAUGCUGGUACAGCAUGCAGUGGACUCGUUUGCGCUCUGAUGCCGAUCAUCUUGACCGGUCCGAAUGCCACGUUUUCAGACCGUCCAAGACGGAUGCACGAAGGCGAGUACUCGGAGACGCAUUACCCUCCGGGGCGAGACGAAAUGAAGACCGGAUUGGAAGAAGACAGAUACAGCAGCUGUAGCUCAGAGACGGCGCAGUCGGGGCCAAAUGAACAAGGAGUGCGCAUGAAGCCCGAAAUUUCAGACGUCAUGGCGCCAAGCCUGUUCAAGGCCACUUCUUCUGCCCACAUGUACACAGAAACCAAGAGCGACAUGCCAUCAGAAACGCUUGUUUGA